AUGGCUCAGGACGUAGGGGAUCCAUCCCCACUUGAUGACGCAGGGACUCCUUGGAGCCACCAAGGGGAGGAUCCCAGGGGAGACGGGGGCCUUUCAACCGUAAACAUGGGAGGCCCCAGGCAGCUGCCCCUAGCGGCGCCUACACCUGGACCGUCUGAGGGGGUCAACUUACUGUUGGAGCAUCAUCCACAGGAGGAAGGGGAAACAUUUAGGCAAAGGAAGUUAUCUGGUGACUGCUGCUGCGGUAGCCAGGACCGCGACGAUAACCCUCCCCUGGAAGGGGAAACAAUACCCGAGAACAGGGAUUUAACUCUCAGAGCUUCCCAUCGAGCUGACUGCGGCGGCAAAGAUUCCCGCAGUAGCGGCAACAACGGAGGCGUGCCAUCCCAGCUUAGACUAGCUCGAGAUCGUCCCCUAUUCUGUAGCGUUGGGGUCCACGGCCGGACACCCAACAAACCGGCCACGCGAAAGCACGCCUCGUCAGGCCGACGCCCUCAGCAGCAGCAGCAAAACGAGCAGCAUCCGCAACAGUCGAGUGACGCCGCUGCCGGCGAUUCACAGCGUGAAGGAGAUGAAGCACGCACCGGGGUUCGGUGUACGGCUUGUGGGACUCUGAAGGUGAGGGCUCCCAUCGGGUUUACUUUUUUGCAAAACCCGGCCCCCUCGUGGGGCCAGCUUCGCAUGGCAACAUGUUCAGAGGCUCCUCAGGGUGAAGCAUCGGCGGGCCCAGGAGCCAGCGUCCCUCUUGGCACCUCUAGUACCCAGCGGAAGCAACUGGGUUGUGAAGACUGUGCGUGGAUGCUGCCUAUUGGGGGCUCCAGAGGGUCGGGACCUUAUCAUCUUCUGAAGCAGCAGCAGCAGCCGAAGCAGGGGGAGUUCGUGGCUGGAAGCUUGCAAUGGGGGCACCCCACGUCGUUUUGGCUUGUCGAGUCGGUGAAGGAUGAAGGGGUGGAAAGAGAAUUCCGGCGCCUCUUCAGGAUCAAUUCGCCAGAUUCCCGCAUCGCCUUAUCAUCCUUUCGACUCUUGGUGACAUUCAUGGUGGUGCUAGCGGCGCUCAAGUAUGGGGUCAGCACGUAUUUUCCACCCGCCAUGAAGCUGGUGGGACUCUCUGCUAUCUUCUUCCGUACCUGCAUCCUUUUGAACGUCGGCGGCCUAGGGACCCGCGUGUUCGACCCGGAUUCGCUGGAAUGGAGAACGGGCAUUGCGAACGAUUUCAUUCUCGGAGAUGUGCAAAUUGCACUCGUGGAUGAAGAUGACGCGGAAAUGCGGCUUUUGUGGGGAAAUCUGGUGCUCUCCAUGUUUACUCUCUUCACUGUGCUCACGCUGGAAGGCGAGCCGGGAGCUCUAGGAAGGGUUAUGUUUUUGCUGGCGCUUGGACCAGGCAGGGGGUCUCUAGUCAAACCAAUUGCUGUUUGCCAGUGUGCUCUGAUCAUCCGUAGAAAUGCUCUGAUGCGUUGGGUGGUUGCAGGGUGGAACAAUGUGGCCACAGCGACUGCAGAGAAGCACCCCUUUAGUCGGAUAUUCUUCGUGGCGUAUAUUUGCUUCACAACGUUGACUCUUUUGAACAUCGUCACAGGCAUUAUCCUAGACGCAUAUGUAGACAUGUCCAACCGACUCCUGAAGGAGGCAAACUACAAGGAUGACUUGGAAAAAGAUGUUCACAAUGAGAAAGUGUUGUUAUCAGCUUUUGAAAAGACUUCAUUCCUCGUUUGCAUGAGGCCUGCAGUCUCGACGUUUUCGUCUGAAGGCAGCGCGUUAACCACCACGAAUUUUGAGCACACUGCUAGUGGGUGGGCUGGAGGAGAUUCGGGGCAAGAUAGCACUAUACCGACUCUCCUAAGAGAAGGCGAAACGGCAACAACUUGGCGGCACGCGGUUGCCAACAGUAGCAUGGUCACACAGGCGGGGGCCUCCGCCUCUCAAAGCCCCAGGGCACCGAUGUGCCCAGCAGGCGCUCAUUUCGAGAGGAAGCUAACGGGAGUUGCCAGCGAAGACAGUACAGCUCGCCCGUCGACAGAAAGCGCAGCGGACUCUGAACCCAUUCAGAUUAGAACGCACGUGCCGGACACACUUCAAUUAGAUGGGAUCAACGUCCGCACAUGCGUUAGAUACUUGCGCAUUGGCGGUCACCAGCCCAUGGAUAUUCUUCGUGAUCCAGUUGUCCAAGAAGCACUGCAGGCGGCGCAUAUACCUUUCUACCAGGCGUUUGACGUCCUCAGCAUGUUCCAUCAACGCGGCAUACAAUUCGUCACUGUUAAGGAAUUCGCUGAAGCAUGCAGCCGCGUCGUGGGUUCGGCAACAGGACGACAGCUGCUCCAGGUUCAGCUGGAGCUUCAGCAGAAGUUGUGCGCUCUUGAGCAAUGCAUUCGAUCAUUAACUCGCCAGAAACAGUUUAGGAACAGUUGCAGCACAAUGUCAAAGCUCGACUUGUCGUGA